ACAAUGUGUUAGUCGGGCUUUAAACAUUGUGUACUGGUAUGUGUACCGUUCGUCAUAAUCAUAAAGGUGAUCUUCAUCCGAUCCUAGCUUUGAGCGAAUCAAGUUAGCUAUCUAUGUAGUAUUUAAUUGAUGCGAUUAUUUUCAUAUUGUUAUCUAUGUAGGCUACGUUUGCUUUUACUAAUAGAGAGGUACAUUGUACAUUAAAUAGGCGGUGUAUUAUUAUUAUUUUUUUGGUGUUCAUGAAUGAUGUAUUAUAAAAAUAUCUGCACGUUCACAUUUUACAUUUAUCUACCUAUGUAGGUACCUACUCUAAAUCUUCGAAUUCAAUUUUUUUGAUUGCAUAAUGAUAACAGAAGGGUAACAAAUAAUUAAAAUAUUUUGGAGUGAAAUUAUCAUUGAUGUGACACGUAUUGUACUUUCAGUUCGCGAGUGAAAAAGUGUAUGCUAAUUGACUUUCUGUUACCCUGUUACCCUAAAAUGAUGAGAUUUGCACUUUUUUUGGUACUUUAUUCUUCACUUUUUCUAAUACAUCCCAGUAUUGGAUUCAAAAUAUUAGGAAUAUUUCCACUACCUGGACAAAGUCAUAUCACCUACAAUAAUGCCAUCAUGAAAAGCUUGAUGGAUUCUGGUCACGAAGUUACCAUCUUCACGCCCUUUCCUGAGCAAGCUUCCACAGAAAAUUACUCUUCAAUCAUCGAUGUUUCUGAAAAGAAUCUUUCUUACGUUGGGCAAGCAACAUUCGACGAAUUUAUCACGCAAAAUCCUUUCAAAGUUUUUGAAGAAGAAAUUGAAACUGAGUUACUCUUAUGCUCUAAAGUUAUCAACUCGCCAGAAAUGCAAAAAAUACUGAACAGCGAUGAAAAAUUAUACGAUGUGGUAUUCGUUGAAACACUGUUCAUCUAUCAAUGCUAUUUACCGGUAGCCGAAAAAAUGAAGAUACCUUUCAUCGGAACUCUGAGCCUGAGAAGCUGGGUUUGGGCGGAUCAUGCAAUACAUAAUCCCAACCAUCCAGCUUACAUCUCUUUCGAAGCAGUCACACAAAAAUGGAAACUGGAGCAUAUUUUUGGGCGAAUUAUCAAUGUAUUUAAUCACAUCGUCCUAUUGUGGUAUAGGAAUUUCGUUGGACCUAAAUUAUUGAAGCAAUUUCACAACGAUCACAUCGAUCAACUCAAGUCUCUUGGGAAAUAUUUGAAUAUGGAACCAGAGUUGAUUUUUUAUAACAAUCACGCUUCUUUGUUACCCAGACCAAUGAAUCCUAAUGCAAUUGAAAUCGGAGGAAUACACAUGAAAGAAGCCGACCCUUUGCCAGAGAAUAUAAAAAAAUUCAUCGAUGAGGCAGAACAUGGUGUUAUUUUAUUCACACUCGGAUCAGUUGUUCGAGCCGCAACUUUGACCCUUGAAAUUCAGGAAGCGUUUAGAAAUGCUUUUGCCGAAAUACCGCAAAGGGUUAUUUGGAAAUUCGAAGAAAAAAUGGAAAAUUUAUCUACCAACGUGAUGUUACUCGAAUGGUUACCUCAGCGAGAUAUCCUAGAACAUGAAAAGGUAAAAGCCUUCAUCAGUCAUUGUGGAUUGGGAAGUACAAAUGAAGCAGUGUAUACAGCGACGCCUGUGGUUGCUUUCCCCUUAUUCUCGGACCAAAUCGACAAUGCAGAGUCAUUAGAGGAUUUGGGUGCAGCAGUUCAUUUAGAUAUUUAUGAUAUUACCAAAGAAAAUGUACUCAAUGCGUUGAAUGCAAUUAUUAAUGAUACCAGAUAUUAUAAUAAUAUACAAAAGCUCUCAAAAACAUUCAAAGAUCGACCAAUGUCACCACAGCAAAGUGUUGUUUAUUGGACCGAAUACGUUAUUAGACAUCAAGGGGCAUCUCACUUGAGAAGUCCAGCAUCUCAGUUGUAUUGGUAUCAAUUUCUGAUGCUCGAUGUUAUAUUUGUUGUAGCAGCAGUUCUAGUGAUUUUUAUAUAUUCACUCAGUCGUAUUUUUAGAAUUUUAUCGUGUUGUUUUUUGCAUUUCAAUUUUUUCAAUAAUGUGCUUGAUAAACCAAAAAAUAAAAAAAUACAUUAUGUGUAUUACACGUUAGCUUUUCUAAUACACACUAACGAUGGAGCUAAAAUUUUGGGAAUAUUCCCUAUGCCAGUUAAAAGCCAUUUCACCUGUAAUAACGCUAUAAUGAAAAGUCUAAUCGAAGCUAACCACGAAGUCACAGUAAUUACUUCAUUUCCCGAGCAAGCCUCCGCUGAAAAUUACUCUUCAAUUAUCGAUGUUUCCCGGAAGGAUCGAGUUCUAAUUAGUCAAACAAAAAUUGAUGAAUAUAAAACCCAGAAUGCGUUUAGAUUUUUAAAUAUUACUUCUGAUAUCGAACAGCCUUUUUGUUUCGAAGUAUUGAAAUUGCCAGAAAUACAGAGAAUAUUAAAAUCGAAUGAAAAACUAUACGAUGUGGUGUUCGUCGAAGUAUUACUAUUCUACAAAUGCUUUCUGCACGUUGCUGAAAAAAUGAACGUACCCGUUAUCGGAACUGUUACCUUGAGAACUUGGAUCCUCGCUGAUAUUGAAAUUAAUAAUCCUUAUCAUCCUGCUUACCUAUCUUUCGAGCCUUUGACACAAAAAUGGCAUCUGGAUCAUAUUCUCGGACGAAUAGUUAAUUUGUGGAGUUAUAUUGUGAUGACCUGGUACAAGAUUUUCAUUUCGCCGAAAUUGAUUAGACAGUUUCACGACGAAAAUUCUCAUUUACUCAAUUCUCUGGAGAGAUACAUGGAUAUCGAGCCGGAUAUAAUUUUUUAUAACAAUCACGCGUCGUUAUUACCCAGACCAAUGAAUCCGAAUGCGAUUGAUGUUGGAGGGAUACAUACAAAUAAUGCUAAACCUUUGCCUCUGGAAAUUCAAAAAUUUAUCGACGAAGCCGAUCAUGGAGUGAUUUUAUUCACAUUUGGUUCCAUAGUUCGAGCAGCCUCGAUGACUUCUGAAAUGAAAAAUGUUUUCAAGAAUGCCUUCGCAGAAAUACCACAAAGAGUGAUUUGGAAAUUCGAAGAGAGAAUGGAAAAUGUGCCCAGCAACGUAUUGCUGCUUGACUGGUUGCCUCAGCGAGACAUUCUAGAACACCAAAAUGUGAUUGCUUUUAUUAGCCAUUGUGGCUUGGGAGGUACAAACGAAGCAGUCUACACAGCUACUCCUGUGCUUGCUUGUCCCUUAUUUGCCGAUCAACUGGCCAAUGCCAAAUUGUUAGAAGAUCAUGGUGCUGCUGUUCAUUUAGACUUUGACGCCAUUACCAAGGAAAAUAUUUUGAAUGCAUUAAAUGCAGUUAUCAAUAACACAAGUUAUCGUGAUAAUAUGCGAAAGCUAUCGAACAAGUUUAAAGACCGACCAAUGACACCGCAGCAAAGUGUAGUUUAUUGGACCGAAUAUGUAAUCAGGCAUCAGGGUGCAUCUCAUCUUCGAAGUCCGGCAUCUCGGUUGUCUUGGUUACAAUUUUUCAUGCUCGAUGUCAUAUGUAUUGUUACAACUGUUCUAGUCAUUUUUGUACUUUUAUUUUAUUUUAUCAUCAGAAUUUUCUUAUCUCAUUUUGUGCAGAUUAGAUGUUUAAAUAAAUUUAGAAAACCGAAAAAUAAAAAACUUUGAAAAAAU